AUGUGGGUGGGGUUAAAUCCCGAGUAAUACCUGUUUGUUGACUCUAUCCAGAACUUCUCAGAACAUCGGAUAUUGUUCAUGAUAGGCUUAAUAUUUAGCCUAAGAUGUGAGCUUGGUAAGGGAAAACGAGUCAUUGCGCUCAUUUAUUGUCAUGCUCAUUUAUUUACUUUGUUAAAACCUGGAUUUUGGAUCCAAUUCAAAAAUUUCCACAACAGAGCGACACGGAGAACACAGCUUUAAAAGUAAAGCUUCCGUCAAGAAAUGGUGGGCGGACUUUUGAAAUGAAAUCUACUGUAUCUUGGUUGUCAUACGCAGUCCUGUUGUCAGGGUUUUCAACUCUCGCGCUGGACAUGAUAAUGGUCCCUCAAUGUGGACGAGUCACAUGUUCACAGGGUAAUUCUACCUGCACUGUUGAAGAUAUCUUUCUCCCAAUGGACAAGGUGUUUGGUUCUGAAGCUAUCUGGAACCUAGAGGUACAAGCUAAGCUCUGCUGCACAUGGGAUGCAUGCUCACCCUGCAUCUUCAUCAGCAUCCAGCUGAACCGCAGUUUGGAUCAAGUUCAGGGUCAAGAUGAUAAUGCGAACGUUAUGGUGUGCUACAGUCCAGUAGCCUUCAUGCCAGCGUGUAAAAACAUCCAUUUCAACAUAACGGCAGCAACUGCACCGGAGGCUAUUCACGCGCAGCUGUCCCUGGUGGUGUGUGAACCAAAGAGUGUGCUUUUCAGCAGUGACGUGAGCGUGAAUGUGGGCUCACUGCAUCACAUGGUGAAAGUGCCGUCAGUAGAUGAAGUGUGUUCCACAGAACAUCAGGGACUUGUAGAGGCUUGUGAUGUCCCUAGAAUAGGUGCAGAUAUUGACCAGAUAAGGGGUGUGGUGAAUCUGAGUGCUGAACACAAGAGUGACAACUUCUUCCCACUAAAGAUGUGCCUUAAGCAGGAGAGAAAUGGAACUUGCAAGAAGUGGACAGAAAAAGCCAUUCCACUGCAUUCUGUCACCCCUUGUAUGUGCAUUCAGAUGUGGUGGGAUAAAGUAGAUGAAAGGUCACACCGAUCUGAAAGUUGUCCAUUCAAGAACAACGAAGCUUUUCAAAGUAAUGUGUGGGCGAACGUGUCCGUGUCCGUGGUCCGAGGCCAGAUGAACAGUGGCGGUAGCAUGCUUUCCUGGAACGUGUCGACCCCCUGCAGGCUGGAAGCUGAGGUGUGGCUGUGUCAGAGGGACGCAGGUGUGGGUGGGUGCAGGGAGCAGAGGAGCUCCAGGCAGCCUCUGGCCAACGGCCCAUGGAUGGAAAACCGCAAAGGACUUUGGCAGGUGCAGGGAGCGUUUGAAGACAUAGAGUAUUGUGUGGACCUGUGCAUGAUGGUAAAGAUACAAGGAAUGGACAAAAAUAUUGGCCCCUUUUGUCCUAAUGUAUAUGCCAGUAGGUGGCGGAUGAGUCUACUGGUUCUUGUUAUUGUGCUGCUAAUCGGCAUAGCUGUUCUCGGAGUCUGUUUCCUGCAUAGCACAGUGAAACAAGCUGGUGGGGAGGGUAACAUCAUGCUGCUGAGCCCCCCAGAUGCAGAAGGGCCCGUGUCUGAGCAGGUGUGUGAGUUGGGCUCCCUCCUUGUAGCCAAGGGCUUCAGGGUAUGUGUGGAUUUGUGGAGCCAGGCCCAGCUGGGCUCUCUUGGCCCCCUGCCAUGGCUGCACUCCCAGCUACACCUCCUGGACACCCAGGGGGGCCGGGUCCUGGUGGUCUUGACCCGCUCUGCUUGGGAGAGGGCCCAACAUUGGGGUCAGGACCCUCAACAACAGGGCCCCUUUGCCCAGGCCGGGGACACUCGCGCAGAGGGAAGUGGAGAGGACAGGGGCUCAUCCCCGUACACGGACAUCUUCUCAGCUUGCCUGAGCUGCAUCCAUGCAGACCGCCAGCAGGGUUGCGUAGGAGAGCGUUUUACCCUGGUGACCUUUGAAUCCCACCCUGCCACAGGGAGCAAGCAAGGUCUCCCAGAGCUGCUCCAGGGGCUGCCCUGGUUCCACCUGCCCUCCCAGAGUCAGGGGCUUCUUUCGGCACUGUCUGGGGGUAGGCGAGGGGUGAGAUGGAGGUGGACUGAGCGGCUGAAGGGCGGACUGGCUUCAAGCCUACAAGGCCAUAGGAGAGACUCACAGAGUGGGCAGCCAUAUCAGUGGGUUUAUUCUGAUGUGAUUAAAACCCAAGAGGCUGGGCCUCUACAGCAGGUCCUGUCAACCAAGUCAAUCUGAGAUUUACCCUUUUUCCCUGCAGUGAUUAUACCACACAAUGAUUACAAAAGCAGCAGGUUCUCAUUUGAUAUUAAGUGAGAAUACUAGACACAAAAAAAGGCUUUAGAAGCCUUUACCGUAUUGCACUAGUAUUACAGUAGAGUGGCAGGGCGAGAGUGAGUGUGUGAGAUGUUGGCUCGCUAGUGCCUCCUGCUGGUAGUAGGGCUGUACUCAGCUGUGUCAGGUGCAGGGUUGUUCUGACACAGGCUAAGGACCAGUACAUCAUGUGUGGAGUGUACAGCAGGUUGGACCCUUCAAAACACUGAGCGAGGUCUGUGUGUAUACGUGUUGAAAGGUCAUUUGAAAAGAGUAAAACAUCUUUCCAUGCAUUUUUAUAAUAUUGCUGUGUGUGCGCUACCUAUUGUUUUAGACAUUGAUGAGUAUGGUAGAGCUGGAGCAGUGUCGUCCAACACCUACUCAACGCCCAAGACUCAAGUGCCUAACAAAAUCUUGCCAAUAACCUGAGACAUAACCCUCUUUGCAUAUAGGGAGGGAAUGAAUAAGCCUUAUUUCAAGUUGUCAUGAUUUAAAUGAGAAUGAAUCUUUAAAACCAGCAUGUGUACACAUUUACACUCCAGCCAAUAACCGUUUUAGCACUAGUCUCAGCCAAAACAGUUUAAAAAAAACCUUGAGAAAUAAAUGCACUCCAACCCAAUUUCUGUUCUCCAUU